ACUCUCAUUUAAGCAUCAGUCGCGUCUGUGCCGUUCUACGCGGAAUAAGUAAACAGGACUUACUGUAUAUAUGUGCGCAAAUAAGAUUCAAUAAUUAAGCCCACUUUAAAAUGGCAACGGAUGUGCAAAAAUUUUACAAAGACAAAAUAGUCUUUUUAACAGGCGGCAGUGGAUUCCUGGGAAAAGUGACCAUUGAGAAGCUGCUUCGCACCACUGAAGUGAGGCGCAUCUAUGUGCUGAUCCGCUCCAAGCGCGGUCAGGAAAUGCAGGAGCGAUGUGCCGCUUGGGAAGCAGAGCCUGUCUUCGUAAACCUAAUGAAAGUUGAUCCCGAGGCUUUGAAGCGGGUGGUGCCCCUUGGCGGUGACUGCCAGGAGCCGGAUCUUGGCCUGAGCAUCCCGGACCGCCAGUUGCUGGUGGAUGAGGUGCAGAUCGUGCUCCACAGUGCAGCCACUGUGCGCUUUGUGGAGCCGUUGCACAUUGCUUUGGCCAUCAAUACACGAGCCACUCGGCUAAUGAUUCAACUGGCCAAGGAGAUGCCCCACCUGGAGGCGUUUGUUCACGUGUCCACCGCGUUCUCCAACUGCGUGGUGGAGCACGUCAGCGAGCGCUUCUAUCCGGAGCACUUGACUUGUCCCGCCAAAAAGGUGCUGGAGCUGCACGACGGCAUCAGUGCCGAGUUGAUGGACAACAUGGCACCGGCACUGCUGGGCAGGUACCCCAAUACCUACACCUACACCAAGGCUCUGGCCGAGCAGCUGCUCCAGCAGGAGGCUGGAGAUCUGCCCAUCUGCAUCUUUCGCCCUGGCGUCAUUAUUGCCAGCUACAAGGAGCCCAUGAGCGGCUGGAUCGACAACCUCUACGGACCCAUUGCAGUGCUCUAUGGAGCAGCCAUCGGCGUACUGCGCGUCACACGGCUCAACUUAAAGGCCAAUGCCGGAAUCGUUCCGGUGGACUUCUGCGCCAACAUGUUGCUGACCUGCGCAUGGCACACGGCCCGGGAGAGCAGGAUGAAACUGCCCCCGGAGCCACCCAUCUACACAUUCACGCCCGCCCAGGACAACCUGAUCACCUGGGGCGGGUUCCGCAGCAAGGCGGCGCUGCUGAGGUCCAACUACCCACUCACCAAGAUGAUGUGGAUGCCGUUCCUGCACUGCACCACCAGUCCCUGGAUGUUCCGGUUACUGGCCUGCUUCUACCACUUGCUGCCCGGCUAUGCCAUCGAUCUGGUGCUUCGUCUGCGGGGUCGCAAGCCGCGCAUGAUCAAGCUGUACGACAAGAUACACAAGAAUAUCGACAUCCUGGUCCCCUUUGUGGACACGUCCUGGCACUUUGACACCUUCAACACCCACCAACUCUGGCGGCGUAUGUCCGCCGAGGACCGAGAGCUCUACGACUUUGACAUUGCCAGCAUCGAUUGGGACGACUACUUCCUACAAGCCCUGGCCGGAUUGCGCCUCUAUCUCGGCAAGGAUGAGCCGGAGAGUUUGGAAAGGGGCCACAAGAUCUUCAGAAGGUUCGUAUUUCUCCAUCGGAUCUUGCAGUUCACCUUGUGCAGCGGUGCUGCCGCCCUGCUUUGGCCCAUACUUAAACGCAUAUUCAGCCUAUUUAUUUGAGCGAACACACACUGGCACACACAAGGGAAGUAAGUUAAAUGUUUGUAAAUUAAUAAAUGUUUCGGCUCAAGAGUAAA